AUGAAGCUUUCUCUCGUCUUCAGUGCGCUCGCAUCCGUCGUGGUUCUUACCACAGCGUACCCCAUGCAAGGAGCCAUUGCGAGACGUUCCUUUGUAGAGAGACGCGCCGACCUUCUACCAAAUGUGGGGAAGCGCGAGGAACUCGACGCUGAUUACCACAAAAAGGGUCACGGUAAAGAGAGGCGCGAUGAGCUCGACGCUGACUACCACAAAAAGGGUCACGGUAAAGAGAGACGUGAGGAGCUCGACGCUGACUAUCACAAGAAGGGCCACGGUAAAGAGAAGCGCGAGGAGCUCGACGCUGACUACCACAAAAAGGGUCACGGCAAAGAGAGGCGCGAGGAGCUCGACGCCGACUACCACAAGAAGGGCCACGGUAAAGAGAAGCGGGAGGAGCUUGACGCUGACUACCACAAGAAGGGUCAUGGUAAAGAGAAGCGUGAGGAGCUCGACGCUGACUACCAGAAGAAGGGCCACGGUAAAGAGAAGCGUGAGGAGCUCGACGCCGACUACCACAAGAAGGGCCACGGUAAAGAGAAGCGCGAGGAGCUAGACGCUGACUAUCACAAGAAGGGUCACGGUAAAGAGAAGCGCGAGGAGCUAGACGCCGAUUAUCACAAGAAGGGUCACGGUAAAGAGAAACGCGAGGAGCUCGACGCCGAUUAUCACAAGAAGGGUCACGGUAAAGAGAAACGCGAGGAGCUCGACGCCGAUUAUCACAAGAAGGGUCACGGUAAAGAGAAACGCGAGGAGCUCGACGCUGACUACCACAAGAAGGGUCACGGCAAAGAGAAGCGCGAAGAACUUGACGCCGAUUACCAUAAGAAGGGUCACGGUAAGGAGAGGCGCGAGGAGCUUGACGCCGACUACCACAAAAAGGGUCACGGCAAAGAGAAGCGCGAGGAACUCGACGCCGAUUACCACAAAAAGGGUCACCCGUGA